CUUAAGGACGAAUCGCUUCCUUCCUCCCUCGUUGAGGCAUCGAUUGCGCUUUCUGAACAAAACGGGAACAGUGAUGAUCCCUUCCUAAUAAAUGAUGAUGAUCAAGUCACCAGCCUCCAGACUAUAAUUGACGAAUUCUCCAGUUUCCAGCCGCCCCCAGAAACGGUUAAUGAAGCUCUUCAGCAGAAGUUGGCAAAACAAAUAAAUGUUAAUCUACGUGAUGCCCUACAUAUUGUCGAUCAUUACCGCAUUAAUGACGUUGUACCACUCUUAAACGACCACGCAUACGUACAACGUGUGCUGUCUCCUAAUAAUGAGAUGGCCGCCGAAGUGGAUCUAAAAGUGAUCUUGGGUCCCCCAGUCAAAUAUAUCUGUUCGGUCACGGUGGAAACAUUUUUCUCGGAAAAUCAGCCGCCACUCAUAGAACUGGCAGCAGACGCUGACAGCGGCUUCAAUGAGCCUGGCACAGUGUUAGAAGCUUUGUCAUCGCGGCCAGUUGACUCACCAAAAACCACGCGGACAGAAGAGCUGUUAGAAAUAGCAUGCGCAGCUCCAACUUUGAAACCGGAGGAGAAUGGCACAGGUGCCUUCGAUCAGAAGACCUAUCGUCCCGUCAUGGCCAUCAUUUCUGACGAUUCAUCCUCUGACGAUGAACCCGAAUUUGUGCCAGGCUGUCCUGCUAUCAAAACGAACUCCGUGAGUGUCCCCAUCUUAAAUGGGCUAAAUUCCCUUUCAAUCACUUUUCUUGUUGUAUUUAUAGGCUGCCUUGACACACUUGAUUCCUGUCUGAAAAACUAA